GACACGCAGGGGUUACCUUUGAGACAGUGCAGCCAUUUUGAAACCAGGGAUGACAGCAUGACAAUAAGCUGACAAGCAUGAGCCUUACAUUCCAGGACCACUACUGUAUCUUCAGGCACUGAAAAUCAAAUUUUUGAGACAAAGAUAAGCAUGUAGCCCGAACAUUUUUGCAGGAGAUCAGGCCCGUUAGGGUCAUUCGCUUCGAUUGUCAGUGCGCGGAGGGCGCGCGGCGGCGAGAUCGAGUCGUGCACAGCGGCGUUGGAAGCGACCAAGCAGCGCGGAAGGCUGCGUGUGUGACUCAAGCCUUGUCUUCCAAAAAGUUGAGUUCUAUCUUCGGACGACGAAGGCCCGCAGUGAGAGAAACUUUGUGUUUUCUCUCAGUUUACAUGAAGUUAGUAGUUGUGUUCGAGUCUCUAAACGCUACGUAGCGUCAUGGAGACAGAAAAUCGCGGUAGGUGCACGCUGUGUUCUCGCUGUCGCCCCGUGUCACAACAGAAGUGUGUUCAAAUGAGGAAGACAGCCCGUCGCGACAGAACUCUCCUCGAAUGGACGUUUGUUUGGAUGGUAGCACUACAGUGUUUUUCAGGUGUUGAAGCUUUGGAAGCACACAUACACCAUUCGGAUCCAGGAGGUGUGGUGCUAACCAACGCUUCAUUAGGUUCGAUGUGGUCGUACCACUUGCAGCAGGCCAGCGAGACUGCCCAGCGUCUGGUGCAGCUGGACUCGAGCACUGGACUCGUAUACUGGCGUGGUGCUGUUCCAUGUUCUCAGAUAAAAGAAAAUCCACUGCAUAUAACGCUACUGUCCAGGACAUGGCAUUUACAGCUGGAAUCGCAGAGAAAUUCCACAACUAUACCUUAUUCAGUAUUUGUUCAUGGCUGUUCCCACUCUCACAGAUCGUGGAAAUCCAGACGGGUGAAGCAGACCGUUCAUCAGCUAAAUGUAAGUGUGAAAGUAGAACAUUCACAGUGUAUUCCACCAUCAACAUCAUUGUUUCAUGUGACAGACUUUAUACCUCAGAGUUACCAGCAUUGCAUGGUUUUAGUGGGUGUUCCAUCAUCAGCACCAGUUAGAACAGAUCACAACAAUCUUAUCAUGUCAUCUGUGGAAAUAUGUUUUGUCAACAAUACAUUUGCUGUUGAUGCAUCUUUAUCCUUCAUGUGUGACAGCACCCAGAUGUUUCAUGUGCCAUUCCAGUUUAAUAUUCGUUAUGGACCUUAUUCGAAACUGAAUAUUCACAGACGAACCCGCAGAGCUGCUAAUAACAAACCAAGAUUUAGUUCCACUGAGUUCACAGCGAAUGUCAAAGAAGAACAGCCAGCAGGGAUCCAGGUGAUAACAAUAACGGCUGCAGACUCAGACUCUGAAGGAGCUGGCACAAUAACCUACAGUAUGAUUUCCAUGCGUGAUGAGAGAAGUCAGAACAUGUUUGCCAUCAACCCUCAGACAGGCACAAUAAACACCACAAAGGCAUUGGACAGGGAGCAGAUCAAAGCACACUACUUUUUAAUCAUUGCCACUGACCAUGGGGUGCCUCCAGAAUCAGCAAGUGCCUCUGUUACCAUCAUUGUUGAUGACAUAAACGACCAUCCACCAGUCUUUGAGACAAAUCAAUUCCAUAUUGAAGUUCCUGAGAACCGGGAUCCAGGGUACAGGGUUGUUACAGUCAUAGCAACAGAUCAAGAUGCACUCUCAAAUGCAGAAAUUCGUUACAGUAUUGUGAACCCUGAAAGUCCAAAUGAUGCUUUUAAGAUUGAUCCUGUGAAAGGUACAAUAUCAACCAUGACAAAGUUAGACCAAGAAACCCGGAACAGCUAUCGCCUCCUUAUUCAAGCAAUGGACCAGGGAGAUAUACGGGAUAGAAAGUCAGCAACAGCAACUGUUGAUAUCACUGUCUCAGAUGAGAAUGAUAACAAACCUGUCUUUUCUCAACCAUCAUACAUUGUGAAUUUAAGGGAAGACAGAGAACCAAGCACCACAGUGCCCAUCUUAAACAUCACAGCUACAGAUGCCGAUACAGGACAGAACGCAGAAAUUAGGUACCAGCUAUCAGGAAGUGCCCACGAUACAGAAAAAUUUAGCAUUAAUUCUGUAACAGGAGCUAUGUUUCUGGUGGGACCUCUUGACUAUGAAGAUACCAGAGAAUACAGACUUACGGUCAGGGCAGAUGAUCGGGGUGUCAAUCCACAGCGUGAAACAGCUAACAUUCUUGUGCAGGUACUUGAUGUCAAUGAUAAUGCACCAAAGUUUAUUGCAACACAGUAUGAGGGCUUAGUCAAGGAGAACUGUCCUGUAGACACAAGCAUAAUACAGGUGCAAGCAGUGGACUCUGACAGUGGCCAAAACAAAGAACUAACAUACAGAAUCCUAAGCAGUGACUCAAAUGUAACACUUCCAUUGGCUAUUGACAGUCAGACAGGAUUAAUUCGUACACGUGCACAAAUAGACCGUGAGACCCAAUCAGUGUACAAUUUUCAGGUGAUUGCUACAGAUAAUGGCACACCAAAGUUGUCAGCAUCUACCAGUGUCACAAUUAGUGUCCAGGAUGUGAAUGACAAUGCUCCAGUGUUUCAGUUACGAUCAUAUGAUGCUGCUGUUUCAGAAGAAGCCACGAUUGGUCAAGAAGUGAUACGAGUGCUAGCCGUAGAUGAUGAUGAAGGAGUGAAUGCACAAGUGCAGUACUCCAUAGUCAGUGGUAAUGAUGGAGAUGCAUUUCAGAUGAACCAGAAUGUAAAUGGAGGUGUGAUAACUGUGAAGAGGAAGUUAGAUGCUCGUCAGCAGCAGCGCUAUGUGCUUUCUGUGGCUGCCAAUGAUAAUGGUGGACACAGGGACACUGUUCAGGUGUUUAUCAAUGUUUCAGAUACAAACCGGUAUGAUCCAGAAUUCCAAAGUACUCCAUACCAGUUCUCUGUUGAUGAAGAUGUUGCUAUUGGGUCCAGCGUAUUUAAGGUUUAUGCCCUUGAUAGAGACAGGGGAGAAAAUGCUCGAAUCACAUACUCUAUGACUCCUGGAAAUCCUGCUUUUACCAUUGAUCCAAAUACAGGGGAUAUUUUUACUCGUGCUGCACUUGAUCGAGAAAGCUCGGCCAGGUACAUGCUGACUGUUACAGCCACAGACAACGGAAAACCUCAGAGAUCAGACACAGCUGACAUUGAUAUUAUCAUCAAGGAUGUAAAUGAUAAUAAGCCAGAGUUCACAGAGCAUGUGUACAACGGGGAAAUUUCAGAAGAUGCAUUAUCUCUAGAAAAGGUUCUUCAAAUUUCUGCAGUGGAUCGUGAUGAAGGAGCAAAUGGAGAUGUUUCAUAUACUUUUGAAGGUGGCAACGAUGGUAAUGGUGACUUUGUCAUUGACGAAACUCAAGGUAUUAUACGUGUGGCCAAACAUCUUGACCGUGAAAGAAUUGCCAGCUAUCACCUUGUUGCAAUUGCUCAUGACAGAGGCACUCCUCCUCUGUCUACCUCUGUUGAAAUCUUUAUCAAAAUUGAUGAUGUGAAUGAUAAUCAUCCUCAGUUUGAAAGUGACGUAAUCAAUGUCUACAUUGAUGAGAAUAGCCCCAUUGGCUCCACCGUGGCACAGAUCACAGCCACAGAUCCAGAUGAAGGACAAAAUGCUGUUGUGGAAUAUUCUUUCGAUGGGGGCCCUGAUGUGGAUUCUUUCCAACUAGCAGAGAGAAUGGGAGAUCCAGCCAUAAUCAAAACAAUGAUUCCACUGGAUUAUGAGUCUGACAAGAAAAAAUAUGAAGUGGUUCUGAGAGCAGCCUCAGGCACACAGUUCUCCACAGCCAAAGUAUUCAUUAAUGUACGUGAUGUCAAUGACAAUCCACCCAUUCUUAAGGAUUUCUCUAUCAUCUACAAUAACUUUGGGGGCAGCUUUCCUACCAGUGCCAUUGGGCGCAUUCCAGCCUUUGACCCGGAUGUCUCAGACCAGGAGUUACUGUCUUACCAGAUCUUGUCUGGGAAUGACGCCAGCCUCCUGCAUCUAAACACCUCAUCGGGCCAGAUAACGCUAGAUCCUCGGCUGAACUCAGAUGUCCCAAGGAAUGGAACAUUUCUUAUCAGUGUGUCAGAUGGCCUAAAUGUGGUAAAGGCAACAUGCAGACUGUCUGUUCGUCUGGUAACUCCAGAAAUGCUGCAAGACAGUGUCACUAUUCGUUUGGACCGUAUGACCCAAACAGCAUUUUUAUCUUCCUUGCUAAAGUUUUUCGCUGAUGCUUUGGCCAGUAUCUUCCGAACCGAUAGUGCCAACAUUUUUAUCAUCAAUAUUGAGGAUGAUACGGAUGUGGCACCAGCCCAGAUCCUCAAUGUGUCAGUGUCAGUGCGCAAAGGAAGCAUUUCUGUGCAGGGGCGAACCCAAGAUGUCUUCUAUCCACCAGAGUACCUCCGAGAAUACAUAUACCUCUACCGUACUUUGCUGGCCAACUUGUCAGCCCUUCAGGUAUUGCCAUUUGAUGACAACCUUUGUCUCCGAGAGCCUUGUGCCAACUUUGCAGUAUGCCUUUCCACUGUUAACAGUGGUCAGGCUAAACCCUUUAUCUCAUCUGACACUGUUAUGUUCCGCCCCAUCCACCCAAAUAAUGGUUACAAAUGUGAAUGUCCUCAUGGUUUUGCAGGAAUGAUGUUAGCAACUGAUUGCGACACAGAGGUAGAUCUGUGCUAUUCUAUGCCAUGUGCCAAUGGAGGAACAUGCAUUCCACAUGAGAGUGGAUAUGUUUGUCAAUGCACGCAAGAUUUUCAAGGUCCCAACUGUAUGGUAAACUUAACAUCCAAGUUUGAUGCAGUGAGCUGCCCUCAGGAUUUCUGCAAACUCCCUUCUGUGUGUGUUCCUUUGAUCAAGGGAGGAUUUCGUUGCAGUGGUUGCCCUGACAGUGAUAACUUUGAUGAGUUUUGUCGAUUAAGGACUCGCAGUUUCAAAAAUGGAUCAUACCUGACAUUUCCUUCUCUCAAAAAGAGGAAUGGCUUUACCAUCCAUCUGAGGUUUGCUACGCUUGAAAGGAAUGGGCUUCUGUUGUAUAAUGGGCGCUUCAAUGAAAUGCAUGACUUUAUUGGUCUUGAGAUCUUGGAUAGUCAAGUUAUCUUCUCUUUCUCACUGGGCGAAAACAUAAGCAGAGUGUCGACUUACAUACCUGGUGGCGUUAGCACUGGAGAAUGGUUUCCUGUUACAAUUCAGUACCAUCAGAGGAAUGCGACAUUGACAGUUGGCAGUGGCUGUGAUACAAACAUUGCCAUCCUGUAUGGUGAUAGACUGGGUAACUACUCUUGUGCAGCGAGAGUUACACACAGCCUCCCUGACAGAUGUGACAAUCCGAUCGAAUCUUGUCACCGACUGGUGGAUUUGACUGGACCAUUACAGCUAGGUGGACUCCCUUGGGCUCCACACACAGGCCAGGUGUCACAAAAAGAUUUUAUUGGCUGCAUCAGUGAUGUUUAUAUUGACAAUGAACUUCUGGAUCUCAACUCUUCGAUUGUGAAUAUUCUUACUGAUGUGGGAUGUCCUUACAAGGAAACACACUGUCAGUCUUCUCCAUGUACCUUUGCUGGAAAGUGCCAAGAGGGAUGGAUAACAUUCACCUGUGAUUGCCCAGAGAUGAGAGGUGGCAAAGACUGCAGCCAAGAAAUUGAAAGAUCACGGCAGCUGAAGGGAAAUGGGUACCUGACCUAUGACAAGAUUCUGCAGAGUGUGGUAAACUACCCUUGGUACAAUGGCAUUGCCUUUCGCACUCGAGCAAAUUCUGGGGCACUUAUGCAAGUGAUACUAAACAUCGGACAAGUCAGAUUGCAGAUUGUGAAUGGCUAUAUUCAGUACACCUACAAAGAGAACACGUUGAUUAUGGACAGCAUCAAAGUGAAUGAUGGGCUGUGGCAUUAUGUGGAAGCCCGCUGGUAUCCAGGGCGCAUGGAGAUUCUACUUGACUAUGGCCAGAGACAGAAGUCCUUAGGAUUGACGGUGUCAGUGAGUGGCAGUGAAGUUCAGCUUGUUUAUGUCGGAGGUCUGCGGGAGGCAAAUGGACCAAUCACAGAAAACUUUGAAGGAUGUGUCAAGGAUAUACGUGUUGGCAACAACCUCAAUGCUUUGUUGAGCAAUCCUUCAGCAUCCCCCAAUGUGGAGAGCGGAUGUAGUAUCCCCAGCAAGUGCAGUCCUAAUCCAUGUGGACCCGGCACUUGCCAGGAUCUCUGGGGGGAUUAUGAAUGCCAGUGUCCUCCAGGUACCAUCAAACCUCGCUGUGAAAACGUCUGCAGUAUGUACAACCCCUGUGAAAACUGGGCUGAGUGUAAGCACCCUUCAGUGGGGGAGAGCACUUAUACUUGUGAGUGUGGUGUCCGACAAAGUGGUCGAUACUGCGAACAAAUGUCCCCCCUGACAUGCCCAGCUGCCUGGUGGGGUGACCCUAUAUGUGGCCCAUGUAACUGUGACCAGAGUCGAGGCUUUGAAUCAAACUGUGACAAAAAGAACGGGACUUGCAAAUGCAAGGAGCUCCAUUAUCAGCCAUCAGGUGAGGACAAGUGCUACCCAUGUGACUGCUACCCUGAAGGGUCGGUCAAUCAGUCAUGUCACCCUUACACAGGCCAGUGUUCAUGUCAAGAGGGGGUGAUUGGCCGGCGCUGUGACCAGUGUGACAGCAUCUUUGCAGAAAUUAAUCUGAAAACACACAAAUGUCAAGUCAUGUCAUAUGACAAAUGCCCUCGGAGCUAUGCCAGAGGCAUUUGGUGGGAUCCCAUUGACUUUGGGGAGAUGGCUAUUCAGGACUGCCCAUCUGGAUCCUCAGGAAGUGCAAAAAGAAAGUGUACAGAAGAAAAGAGCUGGCUGGAGGCUGACUUGUUUAAUUGUACCAGUGACAAUUUCACACGUCUCACACAGCAGCUGGAUGAUUUCAAGAAUGGGAUUAUCAGCCCUUACAUUGCUGACCUUGCAAUUGAAUUGCUGAAAAAUGCCACCAAUACUACUUACCCCUUGUAUGGAGGUGAUAUUGUCAUGACACUGGAGUUUAUUAGAGAGGUGUUGGACUACGAGAACCAGCAGACUGGUCUAGGGUUGGUCAGCCAGCAGUACCGGGACUUUGUGCAGCAACUUGUUAUUGCACUGAGCAAUAUAACCAGUCUCAACAAUCAAGAUUUCUGGCCCAGAGUCAAUGAGGUUCACAAUGGGUCUGCCAAUCUGCUGCAGCAGUUAGAGAAAUACCUCGUUAAGAUUGCUACUGUCAUGCCACAGGCACAGUCCAGUCCCUUUGAAGCAGUCUCUGAGAGCAUAGUGUUGGGAGCAGACUGGAUGUCUGUCUACAAUUUUUCUGGUCGUCCUAUGCCCAAAUAUGAUAACAACAUCAAUGAGGGAUCUGCAGAUGACUUUGCCAACAUUGUCUUGCCAUCAUCAUUAUUUUCUGGAAGGACACAAGAUUCCAAGAGUUAUUUUGGCUAUGCUAUUUAUCACACUCUUGGCAAGCUUAUCGAAGUGAAUGCAGACAGUUCUGUCAAGGUCACAGGCCGUCCGCUGACAGUGAAUGGACCUAUGUUCACAUUCGUGGUAGUAGAGCAGGGACAACUGCGGUCUGGCAAAUUGUCAGAACCUGUAUACGUACGCCUCAAGCUAAAGGACCCAAAAAACACCACCAAUCUACAGUGUGCUGUGUGGUCCUCUAAUGGAAGGAAAGGAAUUUGGUCAGCUGCAGACUGCUCAGUGUCAGACACAGACUGUCAAGUGAGAUCAGACUCCGAUGCCUGCCAAGAGGUGUACAUUACCUGCAAGUGUUAUCACCUGUCAACAUAUGCCAUCAUAGUUGAUCUCGAAGAUGGUUCAGCUUUACGAGCUGCUGUAGUGCAGGUGGAGGUAUUCACCUACACAUUUGUCAGUUUGUCCCUGGUCCUACUGUUCGUGGCCUUCUUCAUUCUCAUCUCCUACAAGCGGCUGCAGUGCAACUGGAACAGCAUCCAUAUCAACCUCGUCUUUGUAGUGUUCAUCUCAGAAAUGGCAUUUAUCAUUGGCAUCAACCGCACCAACCCUGAGUUGUUCUGUCGUUUAGUGGCCAUUUCUCUCCAUUACUUCUACAUGGCAGCAUUCUCAUGGCUGUAUGUUGAGGUGCUUCACAUUUACCGCUUGUUGACAGAAAAACAGACAAUUAAUUAUGGCUCCAUGAAGUUUUACUAUCUCUUGGGAUAUGUUAUUCCUGGCAUCAUUGUAGGCCUAGCUGUGGGACUGAAUACAGAUGGUUAUGGGAAUGACAGUUUCUGCUGGCUAGAGACUUCACAACUCUUCAUCUGGAGUUUUGCUGGGCCCAUUUUGGUGAUUGUUGUGUUAAACAUCAUCACCUUCAUGCUUGCCAUGGAGGCAAGCUGUAGAGAGAAGGUUGCUGUGUCUGAUGUCAGCUCUGUCAGGUUGGGCCUUUUAGCAGCCAUUUUGCUGCUUCUGCUUUUGAGCAUCACAUGGGUCCUGGGCUUGUUGACUGUGAAUUAUGGCAUCACUGCUUUGGGUUACGUCCAUGCCUUUUUCCUGUGCAUUCAGGGCACAUUCCUGUUCAUAGUCUACAUCUUGUUGGCCCAUAAGGUGCGCCUGUGCCUAAAGAGUACAUGGUAUAGGCUGCAGGGGAAGAAACUUAACCUGGAUGAAAGCCUGAAGGGAACUCGAAGCAGCAUUACCUCUUCUCGCUUGCCAUUGUUGUCCCAGCGAUCAGCACUGGCAUACAGAAACGACAUGUCGUCGCCAGAAGGUGGCCAUCGUGUCAAUGUGGGUAUCUCUACCACUUCUACAACAUCUAGUUCAAGUCGCUAUGGGCCACCACGGUUUAAGGGAGAAGACUUCGGGCGCAGCACCAGUAGCUCCACAUCUGGUCAUGGUCCUUCAAGCUCUGGUUAUCCACCCAAUACAGGCAUUGCUCCUUACGGCUUCAAUCCUGCUACUGGAGAGGCUUUGCCUGAAGAAGAAUAUGAAAGGGAGUCACCCAGCAAACCUAGAGGUAAUGAUUCUGAUUCUGAUAGCGAUGCAUCAGCAGACAGAAAUAGUCUGGACCUGGCCUCCAGUCAUUCUUCGGAUGAUGACGAUGAAUUUGAGAUAGGUCCACCCUGGGAUCAACAAAUACCUAAAAGUAAAGCAGUUGAAAAAGCCCGUGAACAGCUAGAGAAGCGUAAGAAAGAAAGGGAGAGAGAGCGUCUUGGAAACAAUAAUACAGACCAGCAGUGGGUGGACAGCAGCCAGGUAGAUGUGGGAAUGGAUCAUGAUCCUCCUCCCACCUCCCGACCCCACAUGUCCAGCGUACCUCCGGACGUCACUCUUCCGGCGUCCUCUGAACGCACAGCGAGGAAGGUUACAAUUGUCCCACCUGUGAGGUCAGACAGCCUGCAAAAUAAUUAUACCAGCAGCAGUAAUGUGCCAUCAGAAAUGGCCACUUCUGGACGUGUCAAAGUGCAAGUUCUUACACACAAUGGCAGUCUGUCAUCAGACUCUGAAUCGAGUGAUGAGACCAAUGUGUGAAAGACGUUAGUGUUAUAUUUGUCACCCUACUUGAAAUGUGCAUGGAACUUAGCAUUUAUGACUGGUAAUGGUGCAACUUAACAGUUUUGUGAAACCAAUGGUGUGCCCAAAGUGCAGCUUCAUUCUGACUUGGGGAUUGAGGAACAGGUUCAGUGUAGCUUAUGCUGCAGGAAGUAGUUCUGAGGAAGCAAAACAUGACUGGUUUUUCACUUAAAAUUUGACAAGAAGCCUACUCGGACGUGAAAUAAAUUAGUUUACGGCUAGCUGUUGCUGGCCUAGUACAUGAAUAUGCCGUGCAUCAACACGAGCACCGGUGACCAGGAACACGAGAGUGGAACAGCCUGGUGCAUCACCUAAAGGUGGUAGCAGUGUAAAAGUGACUUAAGCGAUCAAGAUUAGACACAGAGAUAUAAAACAGAGUCUUUAUUAUUCAGCUGAAGAACUUUGAGCUUUGUGUCAACACACUAGCAUUGGCAAUGGCCUUUCAUUGUCAUGUAACCAGUCACUGCCUGUUGAUUGAGUAAUGAUCGGAAUUAUAGGCAGUGAAUACCUUAGGUGCAGCAUUGAAACAAACAUGCUACUAAUGGAACUCUGAAAAAUCUUAAGGUACUCAUAAACUGGAAAAGUUCUGGCUAUAUAUAAAAAAAAUCACAUAAACAAUCAAAGGUUGUGAAGGAGAUUUUAUACAUUUCAGUUAUUUUGUGUUUUUGUGACAUAUCACAAAUUAUACAGGCCUCAGCAGUACAUGUGAUUCUGUCCAUAUUUCUUUGGCUGCAUUGAGUUGUGCAAAGGGCUAAUAAUCUUUGUAAUCAUUCAAGAUCACUCAUUCAGGAAGUAAACUGUGAAAGAUUUGUUAAAGGAAAGAGAGUGAUCCAAAACAUCAUGCAGAUUUGAAAGUAAAGCCUGAUCUUUGAGGUAAACAGGGAGUUUGGUCAGAUGUGUUCUCUCUUAAUUUUUUUGUUCCUAAAAUAUUUCCAUUGUAGACUGUAAGGUAAAGAGAUCAUCGUACCCAAAGCAGUUAAGGCUCCCCAGGGGUCGUUCACAAAAUGCAAUUGAACAGUCAUCAAAAGAAGGAAAGCAAGUAACCAGUCUAGCUUGUCACAUCCCUUUCUCCAAGCUUAAAAAAAUCUUUGAAGUAAGAGGUAGUUAAAACUAUGCAGCCAUUUAGAAAGGGAAUAUGUUGUGUGCUUUUUUUUUUUUUUAGGAAUUAUACUAUUUGCAUAAACUAUCAUGGCUAUUUAGACUCACAGAAUGAAUUAAAAUUGUCUUCAUUUAUCUUCAUCAAAAUUGACUAAUGUUUUAAAUCAUAGAGCAAGCUGUUAAUGUUGAAAAACUGUCCUGACUGGUUAAUCAGCUUUCUUUACAAAGAAAAAUAACUAUAGACAUUAUGAAAUCAAUUUAAAUUUAUCUUCUGAAAGAUGGAUAAUGAAAAAUAUUGAGAGGUCAGUUUAAAACUGAUUAUGUUUUCUUUUAAAUAUUAAACCAUGAUCCAUGAUUAAGAACUCAUCAUCUAAGAAGUAUCAUGUGCAAGAUGCUACGUUUAAAGCAGACUAUUGCACUUGGUUUGCUAAUAAAGUUCAGCAGAGGAGAAGCAUAAUGAGAUUGGAAUAGGUUUUUGAAGCUGCUCUUUCGUGCAUGCAGGAUUUGUUGAAAAGAUGCUUUCCUAACUUUUUUUUUUGGUAGCGUUUGUGGAAUCUUGACAUUAGACUUUGUUUGUUUCUACCCAUCUUGGUGCCCGCAGCUCAUGACGUUAACUGACAUGAAUUCUUAGCAAGGUGGGUCAUUUUGUCUGGCUUCAGCAUCAUGUCUGACCCACAAGUUUAUGCUGAAUUUCUUGCUGGAGAAUUGAGUGUUGCAGAAAAAAAUCCCAGGUUGAUACAAUUUGUAAUUUAGCAUAUCCUGUUGGGAAUUAAGAUUUGCUACACAGUUAAUGGUGGAAGAGGGGGAACAGACAGAGCAAGAAUUCUUUACUUCCUAAUUAAAAACAGAAAUACAAAUGAACAAUUAGCACUUGAUAGUUUUCUUGCAGGUUUACUUUAAGGACACAAGUGAAAGUUGAACCUUUUCAUGAUAGCAAUGUUAAAAAUUUCAGAAAGACGUGCAUAAAGUUGUUUGCUUUUAAGUUUUGACAGAAACAUUUGCAAAUA